UCUCUGCUAUUAAGUAAGAAGAAGAAGAAGAAGAAUAUACCGAUAGAGCUAUAUAUAAUGUCGACAAUGAGAAUGAAACAUCUCUCCUCCGUUGCCAAGGAUGUUGUACAAUUCUGCGCUGUGAAACUGAACACAUCGGUGGAUAAGUUAACGGAGGAAUUUGAAGCGACCAGCUCAUGGAACAACAAAACGGCGUCGUCGCCCGGUGGUGGUGGUGCUGCUGCUGUUGGCACUUACGCGAGGAAAUUUAUAGAAUUUUGCAGUGCAAAGGGUGUGAAUGAGUUAUGCCAAAACAAUAUUGAGGAAAAGAUUGCCGAUGGAAUCUUUAGUCGUUUCACAUUCGACAUGAUGCUCGCCUGGGAGAUUCCCUACUCUGCCCAAGAGGACUCUUUCACCGAGUGUGUGGCAAAGGAGAAAGAAGACAAAAAUGUAGUUGCAAAGUUUCCUCCAGAACAAGAUGAUGUUUCUUUGUUCUAUACAGACCUCAUGCCACUUCUAGUUGAUAAUGAGCGGAACGUUGGAGAAGAUGCAUUUGUGUGGUUGGGAUCACUUGUUCCAUUAGUCACAGAUGUUGUUAAUGGAAGAUUUACCUUUGAAACUUUAACAGCACCUACAGGAUACCGGCUCCAUUUUCCUGCAUAUGACAAAUACCUCAAGGAAAUCGACAAAUGUAUAAAACAUCUGCAAAAACAAGCAAAGCCAAAGGGUGUGGAGCUUGCAGAUGAUGAAUUCAUUUUACAUGUGGAGGGAACUGCUAGCUCACAAAGAGUGGUACGCCACAUCGGAGGAACAAGUUGGCCUGGUAAGCUCACCCUGACCAAUUACGCACUCUAUUUUGAGGCCUCUGGUGUGAUAACAUAUGAAGAUGCUCUUAAAAUAGACCUUUCAAAGGAUAAGGAGCAGAGUGUCAAACCAGCCUCUACAGGACCAUGGGGUGCCCCACUUUUUGACAAGGCUAUUGUUAUCGAGUCUCCGGAGUUAUCAGAGGGGAUUGUGCUCGAGUUCCCCGAGGUAACAAGCUCCACAAGGCGUGACCAUUGGCUUGCACUAACAAAGGAGAUCAUGUUGAUGCACCAGUUUCUAUCAAAAUUCAAAUUAGAAUGUCCAAUACAAGCAUGGGAGAUGCAUGCAAGGACAAUACUAUCAAUAAUAAGGCUCCAUGCAGCAAGGGAAAUGCUACGAAUAUCUCCCCCUCAACCGACACGAUUCUUAAUCUUUUCCUUGUUUGAGGAGUUACCCAAGGGGGAUUACAUUCUAGAAGAGCUUGCUGAGAGUCUAAAGAAGGUCAAUAGUGGACAUCCAUGUAGUGCAAGUUCAAUCCUAAGGUGUAUGAUCAUUUCUGAGUCAAUUCACUCAAGUGUAGAGGUAACAGAAGUGGGUAAGGAAAUUGCAGGUCCAAGUGGUCCAGUUGAAGACACAUCCUUAUUAGAAAGUGUAAUUAAUCAAGCAAGAGAGGAAGAGAAGGAAAUUGCUAUUGCCAAAGCGACCACAGAGGGACUGAAAGAAGAAGGCAUCACUGAAAGCACUACUAUUUUUAUGGAGCUACUAAAGCCCCUUAGAAAUGAGUGGUCUUGGUUUGAAGAAGUCCUCACAUGGGAAAGGCCAGCAACCACACUGAUUGUGAUUGGUGCGGCUCUAAUUGUCACCUACAAGGAGUGGGUGGGCAAAGCCAUAGCAGCUUUCUUGGUUUGGGUGGUUGCGAAGAUGAUUAGAGCAAGACGGGAAAGAAUUGAUGAAAAGUGCAAUGAGCUAGUUGUGUACACUGCAUCUGAACAGACUACAGUUGAAAACAUAGUGUCAGCUCAACACGGGGUGCAAACUGUGCACGAGAUAGUGAAGAAAGCAAAUGUAUCGGUGUUGAAACUGUGGUCGAUAUUCAUUUCAAAGGCCCACAAGCAUGCAAAUACAGCAAUGCUGGUGCUAAGUGCAGCCUCAAUAUUUUUAGCGGUGGUUCCGAUGAAGGUGUUUAUAAUGGGAGCCUUGUUGUAUUACUUCACAAUGACAUUAGUAUCAAAGUUAGGUAAGAGUGAGGGAAACAACCAAGGAUUUACUAGACGACUGAAAGAAUGGUGGGAUUCAAUUCCAGUUAUUCCUGUGCAUGUUGUUGAUGAGGUUCCCAACAGUCCAAAUCGAAUGAAAUGCGUACAGGCGGAAGGCUAGAUUGUUUGUGCAAAUGUAAAAAUCCUCACCAAAAAUGUCUUUUCUUUUUGUUUUUUCUGUGGCAGAACAGAAACAGGUACACGUAAUUGCAUUGUGUAAU